AGUUUAGAUUUUUCAUAUAAAUAUUGGACGCGACUGGCAGUACUGUAUCAUUGCUUCAGUUACCUUUAAUUCGACUAAAUCGUUUAACCUGCACACGUACGAGAGUGCAAGCUCGCAUCGACAUUAUGGCGUUUAAGAUGGUUGUACUGUUCGCCACUCUGGCUUGUGCCAGCGCUGGCUAUCUGGAAGCUGAUCACCAUUCGGCUCACUAUUCAUCAGCCCCUGCUGUCAGUUAUAGCUCCAUCACCCGUGAACACCACCCAGCAAAGGUUGCCAAGACUGUAACCUACGCUGAACCGGCUGUUCACUACGCUGCUCCAGUUGCCAAGACUGUGGCUUAUGCUGAGCCUGCCGUGCAUUAUGCCGCCCCAGUCGCCAAGACUUUGACCUAUGCUCAACCUGCUGUGCACUACGCUGCUCCAGUUGCCACCAAGACUGUUGCCUAUGCUCAACCAUCAGUCCAAUACGUCAGCAAGGGAUACGAAGUCCACGAACCAUCUUACACCAAAACCAUCGUUGCCGAGCCAGCCUACGCCAAGACCUACGUGCACCAGCCCACGGUUGUCAAGACUGUUGCUGCUGAACCAAUCUACAGUGCUCCAGUUGCCAAGACCUACGUGUCCGAGCCAGUGUACUCCAAGACCCUCGUCUCUGAACCAGUCUAUGCUAAGGCCUAUGCUCCAGCUCCAGUCUACGCCAAGACCGUUGUCUCCGAGCCUGUCUACAGCAAGACCAUUGUUCAGCAGCCAGCCUACCUGAAGACCGUUGCCGCCCAGCCCGUGUACGCUCAUGCUGCUCCAGUUGUUGCCGCCAAGACCGUCAGCUACGCCCCAGAAUCCACUGUGUCCCAUGUCAGCUACCAGGAUGCCAGCGCUCACUAUGGUUGGUAAACUGAUAAGAAGACAUUUCUCAUCCUGGUGAUACUCAGGUAGAAAAAAAGACAACGUGAUCGAUAUGUACAUAACCAUGAAACGCCGAAAUGUUGAACGAUUUUGUUGAAUAAAUUAAGAAUCAAUGCCAAUGAAUCAAA